UAGAGAGAGAUAGAGAGAGGGCGGAGAAAUAAAAGUAAACCCCCUCCUCCCCUUCGACAAGGGAAGCUCGGAGCGAGAGGGAGAGAGAGCGAGCUUGGGAGGAGAAUUCUAGGGCUUUAUUCCAUGAGUUUUCUCUCCUCCUCUUCUCUUCCUCCUCUCUCUCUUUGAUCCGACGGCAUCUCCUUCCAUUCCUCUCUUUCUCUCGCUCCGUCUCCGUAACUUGUCCUUGUCGCUGAGCUCGAGAUGACGAGCAAGGUGGAUCCGGGGAGCUCCUCCCCGCUGAUCGCCCCUGGUCCGGUGCUGGAGCCCGGUGAGAUCGACCUCGAAGCCGGCCAAGGGGAGCAAUUACAGUGCCGGAUCUGCCUCGAGACCGAUGGAAGGGAUUUCAUAGCUCCUUGCAAGUGCAAGGGAACUUCCAAGUAUGUUCAUCGGGAAUGUCUGGACCACUGGCGGGCUGUGAGGGAAGGGUUUGCAUUUGCCCAUUGUACAACCUGCAAGGCUCCUUACUACUUGAGGGUUCAUGUUCAUGCAGACAGGAAAUGGAGAACCUUGAAGUUCAGAUUCUUUGUGACUAGAGAUAUAUUGUUUAUCUUUACAGUUGUUCAACUUGUAAUUUCUUCAUUGGCAUAUCUGGUGUAUCUGGUUGAUAGCUAUCAGCAAUACUGGCUGCGUGUGGCCUGGGGUUUCGAGGGUGAACUUAGUUUCUACUAUAUAUGUGGGGCCCUACUAUUUUUUGCUUUGCUUGGAUUGUCUGGAUGCUUCAUAACUUGCUAUGAUCGUCGAGUACGCAAUGAUUUGGCUCAGCCUUGUCGAGAAUUAUGUCUCUGUUGCUGUCAACCAGGAAUGUGCGCUGAUUGCCAUCUCCCUGGCACGCUCUGUAUGUGGACCGACUGUACUACUUGUUUUGAAAGUUGUGCAAGUACAGCAGGUGAAUGUGGAUGCUUGGGAGGUGCUGGAGAAGCUGGGCUACCAUUGCUGUUUAUCAUGGGAUUGAUUGUGCUUGGGCUAUUCACUAUUAUUGGCAUAUUCUAUAGCGUGCUUGUGGCAACAAUGGUUGGCCAACGGAUUUGGCAGCGGCAUUAUCAUAUACUAGCUAAACGAAUGCUAACAAAAGAGUAUGUUGUGGAGGAUGUUGAUGGCGAGGGCAUGGACUGGUGCCCACCACCCCUUCCACCCGAGCAUGUUCAGCAGCUAAAGUCUCUCGGGCUCCUGUAACUCAAUCCUUUAGCUCAACAUCAUGUUGCGCUUAAGAGAUGCACAUGGAAAGGCACAAGAGGGUUGCACCAUGUGUUUAUGUGGACACUCUUCUUCUGACAUUUAAUUUGUGUUACCAUAUCCCUCAAGUUAAGCUUCACUUUAUACACAGUGUAUUUUCCAUUUGUAAAUGAUGAGACACAGCAGUCCGCCAUGCCAUGGCAGCAUCUUUAAUGUUACGAUCACAGGAUGUUCCUACUUUUUAUUGAGUAAAGCAUACGUGGAGCUGUCUUCAUUGUA